AUGACAGAAUGGCAUAGCAACAGGAGGAAGCUGUCGCAGAACGCCAGGGGGAGGAGGGGACGACCAUCAGCUGACGCCAGGGAGCCAGUCCAGGGCCCGCGCUGCAAGGGCGGGCGGGGCUGCGGCCAGGGGACCAGGCGGCACGGCGGCGGCGGCGGCAAAGGGGCGGCUGCGUGCCGCGGAGGAGUCAUGGCCAAGGGCGGCGCGGAGGCGCCUGAGACCCCUGCAAAGAAUGCGCCAAAGGCUAAACAGGACUUUCUGGAGAGCCUGCCUCACUCGGUGAAAUGCCGAGUCCUGGCCCUCAAAACACUGCAGAAGCGCUGCGAUAAGAUAAAGGCCAAAUUUGAUAAGGAAUUUCAGGCUCUGGAAAAAAAGUACAACGAAAUCUACAAGCCCGUACUUGCCAAGAUCCAAGAGCUCACUGGUGAGAUGGAAGGAUAUGCAUGGACCUUGGAGGGUGAGGCGGCAUCCGAGGAUGAGGAGGAGGAGGAGGAGGGGGAAACGGAGGAGUCUGUGGCUGCCAAAAAUGAGGCUCCCAACUCUGCGGUGCCCCAUGACGCCAAGGAAUAGGCGGGGGCACGGAUGGAAGAGGAGAACGACGACUAAGGAAAUCCUGAUGUUUUUCUUUUGAAUAUUGGUGAACUUG